CCACAGGCGAGUAGAGGGAACCCAAACAACGACCGAGCACAAAACCUGAAGGGCCAGGACCUUUUAUGUGGACAUCAUGGAGUUUGAGCGAUUUGGGACGGAGGACGAUGAUGACGAGGACGAUGCAGCUAUCCAGUACAUGAUUGAACAGAGUCUGCAGGAGAGCAGCAAACAGAGGGAAACCCACCGAGACUCCACAGCACGAGGCUGCAGGAGCUCUGAGCCUGAGUCUGCAGACAGCAACACGAUCUUCACUGCGAUAAGACAAGGUAAGGAGAAGCUCUUGAAGGAUCUGUGUGUCCGGCAGAGAGACAAGUUUUCACAGACAGACAGCCGAGGUUGGACUCCUCUCCACGAAGCCGCGGCUCAGAGCAACCAAACCAUCCUGGAGCUCACAUUCAAAGGUUCAGGCCCAGGCUCUGUGGAGUGUCGUACUCCUCGUGGGCAGACUCCUCUCUUCCUGGCAGUUGAACGAGGGCUGUUAGAAAACGCCUCCUUCCUCCUCCAACACGGAGCUCAGCCGGACAGCCAAGACCAGGACCAGGACUCACCGCUGCUUGUAGCGAUCCGUUCAGACCGCACUGACCUGGUGAAGCUGCUGCUGCUGCGGGGCUCCAGGGUGAACCAGGAGUGCUGCCACGGCCGCCGUCCCCUCCACGAGGCCUCACGGUUGGGCAAAGCGGCACUGGUGACCCUGCUACUGGGGGCCGGAGCACAAACAGACCCUCGCAGCCACUACGGCCUCACGCCGCUGGCACUGGCCGCUCAGGGAGGACACCUGGAGGUGGUGGAGGCUCUCCUGAAGAAAGGGGCGGACGUCCUGUCCCAGGCGCAGGAUGAGGCAUCCAUCUUGUACGAGGCGUCCUCGUCUGGUAAUCCAUCUGUCAUCAGCCUGUUGCUGGAAUACGGCGCCGAUGCCAAUGUCGCCAAACACACGGGACACAUGCCGAUCCACCGCGUGGCACACAGAGGACACCUGCAAGCCCUGAAGCUGCUGAUUCCGGUCACAUCUGUUGGAGAGGUAAAUGACAGCGGGAUGAGUCCUCUACACUCUGCUGCUGCAGGAGGACACACACACUGCCUCAAGGCCUUGCUGGAUGCAGGCUACGACCCAAACUACAUGCUCCAUCCCUGGGUCCGCCGCAACUAUGACGACGAGAGGAAGUCGGCGCUCUUCUUCGCUGUCUCCAAUAAUGACGUGCCGUCAGCCAAGCUGCUGCUGGAGGGCGGGGCCAUGGCCAACCAAGACCCAGUCAAAUGUCUGCAGGUUGCUCUGCGUUUGGGCAACUAUGAGUUGAUCAACCUGUUGCUGAGGUUUGGAGCCAAUGUCAACUAUUACUGCAGAGUAAACACAACACACUUCCCCUCAGCCCUGCAGUAUGCUCUCAAGGACGAGGUGGUCCUGAGGAUGCUGUGCAACUAUGGUUACAAUGUGUACCGCUGCUUUGACUGUCCCUAUGGCAACGAACCCCACAUCCCUGAAGGCUACGAGGGGUGGACUAACACUGUGAUCAAAGACACCUUGUUCUGCGAGGUGAUCACUCUCUCCUGGCUGAAGCACCUCUCAGGUCAGGUGGUUCGCAUCCUGUUGGACUACGUGGAUCAUGUGACCUUGUGCUCCAAGCUGAAGGCGUCGGUGAUGGAGCAGCAGCAGUGGCCUGACAUCUGCAGGCUUCAAGGUAAAUGA